GCGCGCCGCGGCAUGGCGGCCUAGGGCCGGGAUGUCCCUGCUGCGGCUGCGGGCGGCGCUGGCGGGCACGGCCCGGCUCCGCGGCGCCGGGAUCCCAUGGAGUGUUCUCAGGAACUACUCCUCUGCCAGUGCUAAGGAGAGGGCCAGGAGAAAUGGCAUCUGUGAGAGGACAGAGCUGCUGGAAGUGCUGAAGGCUCGAGUGAAGCAGCUGCAGGCCGGCAGCAGCCCGGAGCUGGGGCUCAGCAAGGUGGAGCUGGGCGAUGCUGAGCAGCAGGAGCCCCUGCAGCAGGCCCUGGCUGCAGGCCCCCAGCAGGAUCCAGCCCCCAGGGCAAGGCAGGAGAGCCCAGCCUGGCCCAGAGGCUGGGUGGAGAAGAUGAAGAAGGAGAUGCAGCAGCGGCAGCUGAAGGUGGAGCAGAGGUUGUCCAUCGCCGCCCCCGAGCCUGCUCCAGAGAGCCAGGGGGAGGCCAAGCCAAAGAGCAAAGCAAAGGCCAAGAAGACUAAAGCCAAGAAGAGCCAGAAAACCCCAAAGGCUGAAGUGGCUGCUGCCUGGAGCCAGAGCCCUGCCAGCUCCCAGAGUGCCUGCAGCCACCUGGAGCCCAGGGCGGCAGCAGCGAAGAAGGCUACGAAGGUGCAGAGGCCUCAGCAGGGGCUGAAGGACAAGGACAGCAACCAGUUCAAGGUCCUGCAGCAGACCAUCCAGUCCAGCCUGGAGUGCUUCCUCUUCUUGCAGCAGCCAGAGGAGGCUGAGAGGUUGCUUCUCCUCUACCACAACUCCCCAGCAAAGAGAAGGUUCUUGGACAUCAAUUGCUACAACAUUGUGAUGCAGAGCUGGGCGAGAAAGGGCCACCUGCACCGCAUCCAGUGCCUCCUCUCCAUGCUGGAGUCUGUCGGCCUCCAGCCCAACCUGGACUCGUAUGCAGCGGUGCUGGAGUGCAUGGGCAGGACCCUGGUGUCCCCCAAGACUGUCAGGAGAUAUGUGCAGCAGCUGAGGACUGAUGGUUUCCAUGUGGAUGAGCUCUUCCAAAAGUGCCUGUUUGAGGAUGAUGGGAAGGAGAAGGUGCUGAAGGUCAUCAGGAUUGUCCAACCCAACUACCAGCUGCCCCCUCCACCUGAGCCUGAGAUCUGCAAGUCUUCUCUGCUCCAGGACUUCUACUCCAGAGACAAGGCAGUGUCCUACCCCAAGCUGGAGUUCUCGGUGGAGGAGCUGCAGGAGCGCUUCCAGCAGCAGCUGGAGCUGGAGCUGAACAACACUGUCACCAUCCAGUCCGUGGAGGCCUCCAAACCCCUGACCCCACAGGCCACCCAGGCGCGCGCGCUGCUGGCCUCGCUCCGCGGCCAGUGGCAGGACUCCGUCCUCCAGGCCCUGCAGCACUCGAAGCGCCAAAUGUCCAAGUUCAAGAAAGCCUCAGGGCACAACCUGCUCUACCCCUACCUGUGCCUGCUGCCAGAGGAGGAGUAUGUGAGCAUCAUGCUGCAGAUUCUCAGCAGCCUCUCCCCACAAGGGGUGUCCCUGGUUGUGCUGGCCAGGGAGCUGGGCUCCAAGGUCUACGACAGGUACAUCACCCUGAGGAAGCUGCGCAGCCGCCAGCUGGAGAAGGUGCAGGAGAUCUAUGGGGACUACAUCCACCUGCUGGCAAAGGAUGGCCAACCAAAGGAGUACUUGCCACGGGAAUACUGGGAGAAGCUGGUGGCAGAAGCAGGCUUUGGGCCUUCCCUGAACCUGAAGGAGUGCAGCUGGCCCUUCAUGGUGCAGAUGCGCCUGGGCAUGCACCUGCUGGAGCUCCUGGUGCAGGCUACCAAGGUGCCCAGGAACAUCCUCAACCCUCGCCUGGAGCCCAAGCUUGUCCCUCUCCUCUACCACAUCUACUCCUUCCAGAGCAGCUGGCAGGUCGGGCUGCUGAAGCCCCAUCCUGCCUUCUCCCAGCUGCUGGCGGAGGCGGCGGAGACCGAGCUGACCUUCAACUCCUCCGCCAUCCCCAUGCUGUGCCCGCCGGUGCCCUGGACCUCCCCUCGCUUCGGCGCCUUCCUGCUGAACGACACGCGGCUGAUGCGCUUCGUGGACGGCGCCGCGCAGCACCAGCAGCUGCUGGAGCGCUGCCCCCCGGCCGACCUGCACCCGGUGCUGGACGCCCUCAACCAGCUGGGCAACUGCGCCUGGCGCAUCAACCGGCCCGUGCUGGACAUCAUCGUCUCCAUCUUCAACGCCAGGGGCGACGAGAAGCUGGACAUCCCGCCGCCCCUCUCGGAAGCGCCCCGGCCCCCCGCCGCCCCCGGCAGCCCCUCUGCCCUCAGCAAGAGCCAGAAGCAGGAGCUGCUGCUCUGCAAGAAGAAGGCUGCCGAGAUGCACAGCCUGCGCAUGGACGCCCUCUACAAGCUCUCCAUCGCCAACCACCUCCGGGACAAGGUCUUCUGGUUCCCCCACAACAUGGACUUCCGGGGCAGGACCUACCCCUGCCCGCCUUACUUCAACCACCUGGGCAACGACGUCACCAGGGCCAUCCUGCUCUUCGCAGAGGGGAGGCCCCUGGGGCCCAAGGGCCUUGACUGGCUGAAGAUCCACCUCAUCAACCUGACUGGGCUGAAGAAGAAGAAUUCCCUGCAGGAGAGGCUGGACUACGCCAAUGAGAUCAUGGAGGACAUCCUGGACUCGGCUGACCGCCCCCUGACGGGCAGGAAGUGGUGGAUGACGACAGAUGAGCCCUGGCAAGCCUUGGCCUGCUGCAUGGAGAUCGCCAAGGCCUCGAGGUCCCCAGAUCCAGCAGCCUACAUCUCUCACUUCCCAGUUCACCAGGAUGGUUCCUGCAAUGGUCUGCAGCACUACGCAGCCCUCGGCCGGGACCUCAUUGGUGCCAUCUCUGUCAACCUGAUGCCCUGCAGUGUCCCCCAGGAUGUCUACAGUGCAGUGGCACAGCAGGUGGAGGAGUUCCGCAGGAAGGACGCCAGGCAGGGGGUGAAGAUCGCCCAGGUGCUGCAGGGCUUCAUCAGCCGCAAGGUGGUGAAGCAGACGGUGAUGACGGUGGUGUACGGCGUCACGCGCUACGGCGGCCGGCUGCAGAUGGAGAAGCGCCUCAAGGAGAUCGAUGAGUUCCCCGAGGAGUAUUUGUGGGAGGCAUCUCACUACCUUGUGAAGCAGGUGUUCAAUGGCAUCAAGGAGAUGUUCUCAGCCACUCGAGAUAUCCAGAACUGGCUGACAGAGAGUGCCAAGCUCAUUGCCCAGUCAGGACAGACAGUGGAGUGGGUGACACCUCUGGGCCUCCCCAUCGUGCAGCCCUACUACCGCUCCAAGUCCACCGUGCUGAACUGUGGCAUGCAGCACCUGAGUGUGAAAAACUCCAGUGGUGACCAGAAGCCUAACACAGUGAAGCAGAAGAAUGCCUUCCCCCCCAACUUCAUCCACUCCCUGGACUCCACACACAUGAUGCUCACUGCUCUGCACUGCCUCAGGCAGGGGCUGACCUUCGUCUCGGUCCACGACUGCUACUGGACUCACGCGCUCACCGUGGACGUCAUGAACCAGAUCUGCCGGCAGCAGUUUGUGGCUCUGCACAGCGAGAGGAUCCUGCAGGAUCUGUCUGAGUUCAUGCUGGAGAAGUACUGCAGCCCUGGCAGAGAGACCAGAGCCCAAUGGCAGAAGAAACUGACAGAGCAACUGUCAAGUGUCCCCAAGACAGGUAGGACACAGGGCAGGAACUGCCAAGCUCAGGAGCAGUUUGGAGACAAGGGUGAGUUCAACCUGGAGGAGGUGAUGAAUUCUACCUAUUUCUUCAGCUGA